AAAGCAAAAACCGCUUUUACGGCCACAGCAACUCCUCAAAACCAAGGAUUUAUUCGAUUCCCCUCGUUGGAUUUAAUUGUCAGCACCAGAUCCUUGACAUACAAGCGCACAAUGACUUUGAACAAGGGAGACAAAUUGCGGAACAUGGACAAGAGGAGAGGGAGCGUGCCUUUCCCCAUGAACCUGCCCAACCUGCACAGGAGAAGCAUGCCCGUGGACGACCGUGACCUGCGCGCCACGAUGCCAGAGACCGGCCAGACGGACGAGCUCUCCAACCUCCUGCGCUGCACCUCGUACUCGCCGAGCGAGCAGCACCGGGACAGCUGCGCCUCGGACUCCUCCGACUCGGUCAUCUCCACCGGCAGCGAGGCGGAGUCUCAGGUGUACAAGGUGGUUCUGCUCGGCGAGCACGGGGUCGGCAAGUCCAGCCUGGCGCGCGUGUUUGGGGGCGUGGAGGACCCUGGUCACGACUGCGAUGAAGCAGGAAACACUUAUGACAGAUGUAUCGUGGUGGACGAGGAGGAGGCAUCCAUUGUGCUGUAUGACAUCUGGGAACAGGAUAACAGCCAGUGGCUCAAGGACCAGUGCAUGAGGAUGGGAGACGCUUACAUCAUCGUGUAUUCCGUGACGGACAAGUCCAGCUUCGAGAAGGCCUCCGAGCUGCGCAUCCAGCUCCGCCGGGCCAGGCAGUCGGAGAACAUUCCCAUCAUCCUCGUGGGCAACAAGAGCGACCUGGUGCGGUCCAGAGAGGUGUCUGUGGACGAGGGAAGCGCCUGCGCGGUGGUGUUCGACUGCAAGUUCAUCGAGACGUCCGCGUCCCUCCACCACAACGUGCAGGACCUGUUCGAGGGCAUCGUCCGGCAGAUCCGCCUGAGGAAAGACAGCAAGGAGGAGAACGCGCGGCGCAUGGCCAACUGCAGGCGCCGGGAGAGCAUCGGCAAGAAGGCCAAGCGGUUCCUGGGCCGCAUGGUGGCGCGCAAGAACAAGAAGAUGGCCUUCAGGCAGAAGUCCAAGUCCUGCCACGACCUCACGGUUCUCUGAGGAGCAGACGGGACAGAAGGACUUCUUUGUUUUUUGGUUUUUUUUCGUUCCCCUUUGGCCUCUGAAGACCAGACGCUGUGUGUGUUUUAACACUAACCCUAAAGGACUAAUAGAGCUUGUACAGAAAUAUAUUUUUAUUUUUUAGACACCAAGUGGAAGCAAAAGGGAGGACUCGACGAAUGAAACACUAUUUCAAGUCAUAUCAUGAUAUGUGCGAUAUCCUGCAUGACAACGUUUUUGCAAACAAUUUGACACAUUUGCCGCCAUGACGCGACGAGUGUGUGCGAACAAUCCACAAAAAGGCCUAUCGUUUCUAAUAAGUUGCAAAUGUCGCCUCGCUGUUGGGUUAUUAUCGUCAUUAUUAUUACUAUUAUUAUUACUACGCUCCCUUGACUGGAGGAGACUGGUGUACAGACUGUAUGUAUAUGACUGAUGCUGAAUGUAACACAUCUCAUUGUCCGACGUGGUGAAGGAAUACAGUAUUAAAAGUCAUCUGGAGUUGAAUUUACUUGAAGCGGGGUGUGCGGGCUCGUGCCUCGGCCAAGUCACUGAA